UUCAAAUCAUCCCAAAAGCCCAAAUAAUGAAAUAAUCAGAGACGAAUUGUGUUGACAGAGGAGAUGACUAUUUGCUGCCCAAUCCAAAAUUUGCCACUUUCCUCUCGCUUCACAGCUUAUCAAUCUGUGAUUCUCCACGCUUCUAAGAUUUACCCAUCAAAUUCACCAACAUCAUUUCUUUCUUUCAUAAACCGAUCUUCUCUGCAAGUUCCUCGAUUUUCACGCCUUUGGAAAUCCAAAAUAACGGCCAUGGAAACCCAGCAAAGUGGAACUGCAGUCUUUAGCUCAGACAGCUCAAGCGCUCCCAUGAAGCUAUUGUUUGUGGAGAUGGGUGUUGGCUAUGAUCAACAUGGCCAAGAUAUUACAGCUGCGGCAAUGCGGGCAUGCAGGGAUGCCAUCUCUUCCAAUUCGAUUCCUGCAUUUCGCAGAGGGUCCAUACCUGGGGUCUCAUUUGAGCAAAUGAAACUACAAAUCAAACUGGGAGUUCCACAUUCUCUCCACCAAUUGUUGGAUAUUGAAAGGGUCAAGUCUGUCUUUCCUUAUGGAAAGAUUCUAAAUGUCGAAGUUGUGGAUGGUGGACUGAUAUGCUCAAGUGGCGUGUGUGUUGAGGAAAUGGGAGAUAAGAAUGAAGAUUGUUAUAUAGUGAAUGCUGCAGUAUAUGUUGGCUACUAAAAUUGUUACCCAUGAUCCAUUUUACCUUGGUGAGGUUAGUUGUCAGUUUUCAUUGUGGACAGGUUACAUAGUGAAUGGAGCAGUAUUUGUUGGCUGCUAAAAUUGUUAAUCAUGUUCCUUUUUAGCUUGCUGAGGUUCAUUUUCAGUUUUCAUCGUGGACAUGACUUUAAUUUAAUUCAUUAGAGCUUUCAAAUUGACAAUA